AUGGCUGUGGAGGCCUUCAUCCAUGCCAACCGCGACCUGAGCCAGCAUGAGGAGGCGGUCCGACUGCUGCGGCGAAUGAGCCACAUCGAGCAGCAGGGAGUUCUGCGCCGAGGCAGUAUGUCAGGCUGCCGCGAUGUGCUGGCCGUCCUGAAAACACGUGCGAAGCAGGCUCGUCAGGAAGCUGCUGGCAUCAUCGAGGAGUCGAAAAAGCCGCACAAGCCCAGGUUCCAGGCGGAUUCAGCGCCGAAGAACCGAUGGGGCGCAGAGCAGGAAGCAGAGGACAUUUUUCUGCACUUCCCGCCGUCCACGCAGAAGAGGCCCCGAACGCAGCGAGUGAUCUCCGUGACGAACCUCGCUCCUCAGACGACGGUCUUUGACCUUCAUGCCAUCUUCAGCUUCAUGCACGGGCUGGUGGCUGUGCGCAUUCUACGAGAUCCGGAAGCGCUUCAUGUAGCCCAAAGUGGGCUUUGCGAGUUCCGAUCCGCAGAGACAGCGCAAGAGGCUCUCAAGGAGGCCACCGGAAUCGAGCUUUUGGGAAGCCCCUUGGCUCUGUGCCUUCUGGAGGACGACACGCAGAUCGACUUCGAUGCGGCCACGCGUAGGGCAGCGACGAUGGCACCAGCGGACGAGGCGACAGAGCUGGAUGCUGCUCAAUGCGUUUUCGUUCCCUCACGCUUCAGCAAACGCUUCCGCAGCGGUUGA